AUGGCAUCGCCGUCGCCGGCGGCGCGCGCGCCGAGGGAUCGCCUGAGCGACCUCCCGGACUUCUUGCUCGGGAACAUCCUCUCCUACCUCCCCACCAAGGAGGCCGGCUGCGCGGCGGGGCUGUCCCGCCGGUGGCGCAACAUCUUCUGCAACGUGCACGCCAUCUCGUUCGAGGAGCGCGAGGGCGAGAGGGCCAAGGACUGGGACACCUUCUACUUCGAGGCCGAGGAGAGGAAGAGCUGGAGCGGCGUGAUCCUCGACGACGUCUGCUCCGCGCUCCUCUGCCGCCGCCGCACCGCCGGCAUCCACCUGAGGUCGCUGGACUACUCCGGCGCGGCGCCCGCAGAGUCGCUCCUCUCCCUGCACGGCGCAGCAGGAAUACCAUCCUGCACCGUCAACUUCUGCCAAGCACCGGCCUCCGAAUCAGAGCGCGACAGGUUCAUAAUCUUCAUGGAGAAGAUCUCUGCCGCGAGGCACCUGCACCUUCACCACCAACACUUGCCCUACAGCUGCUUCGAGGGCUUCCCCUCCUUCUCCAGCCUGACGCGGCUGGCGCUGCAAGGUGCCCUUCUGAUCCCCGGCGUGAUGCGCCGGAUCCUGGAGCAGGCGCCCAACCUGGAGAUCCUCACGCUGCUCAUGGAGUUCGCCGCGGUUCCCGAAGGGCUCGCGGCCCCCGACGAGUCGAGCUUCUCGGUGCCGUGCUUGCGGAGCCGGGUGAAGGAGAUCAACAUGGUCCACUACCAGGGUGAUGCGCUGCAGAGGAUGAUGGCCAGGCUCUUGUUCCGGAACGCGCUGGUUCUUGAGAGGAUGUGCGUCGUGUUCGUCAAGGGGCCGUUCGCGUUGCAGUAUCGGCUCAAGAAGGAGAUCGAAGGCUGGAUGGUGGCCGGCCACGUCGAGAAGAUCCAAUCCACCAACCUCCUCUCCUCCAUGGCGCUCUCCGUGGAGAAGACCGCGUCCGGCCGGGAGUACAAGGUCAAGGACCUCUCCCAGGCCGACUUCGGCCGCCUCGAGCUCGAGCUCGCCGAGGUCGAGAUGCCGGGCCUCAUGGCCUGCCGCGCCGAGUUCGGGCCCUCGCAGCCCUUCAAGGGCGCCCGGAUCUCCGGCUCCCUCCACAUGACCAUCCAGACCGCCGUGCUCAUCGAGACCCUCACCGCGCUCGGCGCCGAGCGCUGCCUCGACUGGGGCGCCGGCGGCGGCCCCGACCUCAUCGUCGACGACGGCGGCGACGCCACCCUGCUCAUCCACGAGGGCGUCAAGGCCGAGGAGGAGUUCGAGAGGUCCGGCAAGGUCCCCGACCCGGACUCCACCGACAACCCCGAGUUCAAGAUCGUGCUCACCAUCAUCCGCGACGGGCUCAAGACCGACGCCCGCAAGUACCGCAAGAUGAAGGAGAGGCUCGUCGGCGUCUCCGAGGAGACCACCACCGGCGUCAAGAGGCUCUACCAGAUGCAGGAGUCCGGCACCCUCCUCUUCCCCGCCAUCAACGUCAACGACUCCGUCACCAAGAGCAAGUUUGACAACCUUUACGGUUGCCGCCACUCGCUCCCUGAUGGUCUUAUGAGGGCCACUGAUGUUAUGAUCGCUGGCAAGGUUGCUGUGGUCUGCGGUUAUGGUGAUGUUGGCAAGGGCUGUGCCGCUGCACUCAAGCAGGCUGGUGCCCGUGUGAUCGUGACAGAGAUUGACCCCAUCUGCGCCCUUCAGGCCCUGAUGGAGGGCAUCCAGAUCCUCACUUUGGAGGACGUUGUCUCUGAUGCUGACAUCUUUGUGACCACCACUGGAAACAAGGACAUCAUCAUGGUUGACCACAUGAGGAAGAUGAAGAACAACGCCAUUGUCUGCAACAUUGGUCACUUUGACAACGAGAUCGACAUGAACGGCCUCGAGACCUACCCUGGUGUCAAGCGCAUCACCAUCAAGCCUCAGACUGACCGCUGGGUCUUCCCUGAGACCAACACUGGCAUCAUUGUUCUUGCUGAGGGUCGUCUGAUGAACCUUGGCUGUGCCACUGGCCACCCCAGCUUUGUCAUGUCCUGCUCAUUCACCAACCAGGUCAUUGCUCAGCUGGAGUUGUGGAAGGAGAAGGCCACCGGCAAGUACGAGAAGAAGGUGUACGUGCUCCCCAAGCACCUCGACGAGAAGGUCGCCGCCCUCCACCUGGGCAAGCUGGGUGCCAGGCUUACCAAGCUCACCAAGGCCCAGUCUGAGUACAUUAGCAUCCCAGUCGAUGGUCCCUACAAGCCGGCGGCAUACCGGUACUAG